UUGCUGCAAUUUGCGGUGGCUGCAAUGGCGCUCAUCUGCAUGGCAUGGACGCUUUCACUUCUAGUACUAGCGCUCAAACCCAAUGAGACCGUGAACUGGGUCAUGAAGACGGAAAACUUCGACAAUGGCUCGUUUUGGUUAAUGGUGGACCCUUCAACCGUGAUG